AUGGUAUACUAUAUACGCUUUCUGAAAACACCCCGAACGCAAAUCGCCAAGCCUGGACUCGUCUCAGUCUCGGCACUGAUAUCCAUCACCACUGAUUUGGGAGAUGCAUUCCUUGCCGAAGAUGUUGCAUUGCAAGUGCAGUUGAUAGAUGCUGGCGACACCACACAGACCAAUACAAGUACUGUCUUACAAGAAAAUAAUACAUACAAGUGGGAAGCGGGAAAACGGGAAUUGGCAAUUUCCACCGGCCUGUUCAAAGCGCCCCGAAAAAUCUCAAGGGUUGUGCUAGCAGUUGGGCCAAAGACAGCAUCUACCUUGGACACUGAUCUGAGCGAUGCAGAAAAAAUACCGUUGGUGAUUUCAGGAUGGAGUGCGCCGUUUAGUCUUUCUCAGAAUGGUACGGCCGAAAAAGUGAUUGAAAGGCGAUUUGUGCUACAGAAUGACACCCAACUCAGGAUAUGGGAGGAGACGGGGAACAACAUCGCGCGGCAUAUAUGGGAUGCUGCUCUAGCGGCUAUCGUGUGUCUACAGAGUACUAUCAACAGUUCCGGCCGGUGCAGUAUGCCGCGCCUUCAAUCGCGGUUUCAGGCCAUAAGCAAGAACCAUUUCCAAGUCAUUGAAUUGGGAUCUGGUUGUGGUGUCGUCGGAAUCGCUCUUACGCAGAUGCUAUUCGGAUGCUCAGUGACACUCACAGAUCUCGCAGAAGUAAACGAUAUCGUGGCGCGCAAUCUUCAGAUCGCGCAGUCAGCAACCAAUUCAGAAACUAGAUUCAAGGUUCUUGACUGGGAGGAGGAACUCGACGCAGAGAUCACCGCAGAGCCAAUUGAUCUUGUCUUGGUAUCAGACUGCACGUAUAAUGCUGAUAGUCUCCCGGCGUUGGUGCAAGUGCUAGAUCGUCUGGUUCAGUCGUCGCCCGAUGCCCUUGUGCUGGUGUCUCUGAAGAGGCGGCAUGAGAGCGAGGCGGUGUUUUUUGAUCUGAUGCGACAAUCUGCGCUGGCUAUGCUGGAAGAGUCGGUCCAUUCGCUGCCGGCGGCGUAUUCUGAGAAGGAUAGGAUUGAGAUGUACCUUUUUGGCAGAACAGCAUAG